CGCAGUCGUUUGCCGAUCAGUUUAAAUAUUUUACUACGUGUUGAAGUACUUAUUGAAAAUGCUCAAGUAUCUGAUCGUGUGUCUGGCUCUCUGUUCUUUGGUCUUUGCCGAUGGAGAAUGGGUGCCCAAAACGGCCGAAGAAAUUAGGGCGAUACGUGUCGAGUGCCUUAAAGAGCAUCCUUUGGGAACCGAGCAGAUCAACAAGCUAAAGCAAGUGGAAUUCCCCGAUGAGCCCGAGGUACGCGAGUAUCUUCUGUGCUCGGCGGUUAAGUUGGAUAUCUUCUGCACCCAUGAAGGCUACCAUGCAGAUCGUCUGGCAAAGCAGUUCAAGAUGGAUCUGACCGAGGAGGAGGCCCUUCAAAUUGCCCAAGGCUGUGUGGACAGCAACGCCCAGAAGAGUCCGGCUGAUGUGUGGGCUUUCCGUGGUCACCAGUGCAUGAUGUCCAGCAAAAUUGGCGAAAGAGUUAGGUCUUACAUUAAGGCCAGACAGGCUGAGAGGGCUGCCAAGGCUUAAAACCAAUAAAUGUAUACGGUGUUUGGCUUUGUGCUAGAACGCAA